AUGUCGACGUAUCUUAUUCUUUCUAGCCCGCUGGGCUUGACCUUAGUGGCAGGUACGGGGUUCAUUCUGACGGUUCUCCUUUUGGCUGCCAAAUCGAUUUACAACCUCUUCUUCCACCCUUUGGCAUCAUAUCCGGGCCCAUGGCUUUCUCGCGCUUCACGACUGCACUACGUUUAUCACCAACUCAAUGGAACUCUUCCAUACAAGACGCUGGAUUGGCAUAACAAGUAUGGGGAGGUCGUUCGUGUUGCUCCGGAUGAGCUCUCUUACAACUCGGCCCGCGCAUAUCAUGAAAUUCACUCGUGGCGUGAUCGCGAGUUUCACAGUGGAUUUGAAAAGGAUCCGACUUGGUACUCGCAGUCGAUGAACACAGUUCCCGUCAUCGUCACAGCUCGGAAUGAGGACCACAGACGGCUCAGAGGGAUCAUGGCCCACGCAUUUUCGGAUCGGGCGUUGGCGCGUCAAGAGCCUCUUAUCACCUCUUAUGUCGAUAUCUUGAUACAUCAACUCCGCCAGUAUCAAACUGAAAAUUCAGUCGAUUUGGUGCCGUGGCUUACGAGUGCAGCGAUGGAUGUUAUCUUGGACCUUUCUUUCGGUCGGUCUUUGGGAUGCUUGACCAAUACCGAGAAUGGAAAGCUGCACCCGUGGGUUGAAUUGGUAUCUGGUCACGUCAAACAAGGGCUUUACAUCCAGGCCUGGCGACGACUGCCUUCGUUCCUGUCACACAACUGGCUAGUAGGAGUAGUACUGGGCCGUAUUGGACGGAAGUGGAUGAAGCAGUUUAUGUUGACAACAGAGAUGGCGCAACAACGCCUUGCUGCGGGUGCCGACCGAGAGGAUUUCGUGUCACAUUUCCUUCGCGAAAACCAGCAACAACAGGGAAAGACCGGGAUGACUGACGCCGAGCUGAAGAUUGCUUCCUCUAUCCUCAUGACUGCGGGUAGCGAUACUAAUGCCACGCUCCUGUGCGGAUGCUUAUACUACGUGCUCAGCGAUGAACAGGUGUGGAAUCGCUUGGCUACGGAGAUCCGUACCGAAUACUCGCGAGAGGCAGACAUCACGUUUGCCAGCCUUCAAAAGCUGCCGUAUCUCAACGCAGUGAUUGACGAGACUCUGCGUAUCUACCCUGUCGUGCCGAGCACUUUCCCACGACGAACCGCAUCCUCAGGGGCAACAAUAGUCGGCCGGUUCGUCCCCGAAGACUACGCCAUUGGUAUCAAUGGAUAUGCAGCAUCUAGGAGUGAGACCAAUUUUGUCUUGCCGGAUAACUUUUGCCCUGAGCGAUGGCUGGGGGAUCCUCGAUUCCAGCGAGACGAAAAGCAGGCCCAUCAACCCUUUUCAACCGGGCCGCGUAAUUGUCUGGGAAAGAACAUGGCGUGGGCGUUUGCGAGAUUGACUAUUGCGCGCUUUGUGUGGAGCUUUGAUGCAAAGCUGGCCGAGGAAUGUAAAAAUUGGGCUAGUGGACAGGAGAUAUAUGUAAUGUUCGCGAAGAGGCCGCUCUUGUGCCAGAUUCAAGAGAGAAAGAUCUUCUCUUGA